CAAUGCUACCGAUACUGCCCAAUCGAUUCCGGUUUUAGAUUUAGAGUAUAAAACGGCAGGAGAAGAUGGGUCAAUCAUCAUUCAGUCUAGCGACCUGAACAGUAUCCCACAAACUUCCAAAAUGUUCAAGCUGAUCGUCCUGACCGCCGUGCUGGCCUUCGCCGCCGCCAAGCCCAACGAGCUGCUGUACCCCGGCCAGCUCGCCUACGCCGCUCCCUACGCGUCUUACGCCACCCCCUACUCCUACGCCGCCGCCACCCCCUACUCGUACGCCUACUCUGCCCCCGCUGUGGCCUACUCCUCCCAGGUGGCCUACACCGCUAAGGUCGCCACCCCCGUGACCUACGCCGCUCCCGUCGCCCAGCAGGUGGCCUACGCCACCCCUGUCGCCCAGCAGGUCGCCUACGCCGCUCCCAUCGCCAAGGUCGCCACCCCGGUGACAUACGCCGCCCCCGUCGCCAAGUACGCGUACGCCGCUGCCCCCGUCCAGCAGGUCGCUUACUCCACCCCCGUCCAGCAGGUGGCUUACACCGCCCCCAUCGCUAAGGUCGCCACCCCCGUGACCUACGCCGCCGCCCCCGUCGCCCAGCAGGUCGCCUACACCCCGGUCGCCCAGCAGGUCGCCUACACCACCCCUGUGGCCCAGCAAGUGACCUACACCACCCCGGUGGCCCAGUCCGUGGUCGCCGCCGCUCCCGUCUACACCCAGCCCAUCGCCAAGUACGCCACCUACGCCUCUGCCUACGCUCCCGCCUACGCCACCCCCGUGGCCUACUCCGCGUACACCCCUUCCUACUCCACCUACCUGGUCAAGAAGAAGUGAGAAGUUCCUAGAGAAAGAAGACAAAUGAUCACUGCCGAGUAACGAAAUGAACAGCUUCCAAAAAUACGUAGUUAAUGUUUUUGUUUCUAUGUGUUAAUAAACGUUUUAGUUCCAAAGUA